UGAGGGGGCUUUUAUUGUGAAAGAAUCCAGGCGGAAGUGGUAGUUUUCUUCUGUAAAGAAGAAAAACAAGCAGAACACACGUCAUUUCAUAUUUGGUCACAAGGUAAAGAUGGCAUCAAGCAGUGCGAGCAGUGAGGAGGAGCAGAGCCUCAGAGAGUGUGAGCAGUAUGUCCAGAAACACAACAUCCAGCAACUGCUCAAGGACUGUAUCAUCCAGCUGUGCACGGCCCGGCCUGACCGGCCUAUGGCCUUCCUCAGGGACUACUUUGAAAGACUGGAAAAGCAGGAGGAGGCCCAGCAGGUGGCUUUGCAGCAGAAAUCUAGCUCACGGUCAGACUCCCGUGAAGAUGAAGUUUCUCCACCCAUGAACCCUGUGGUGAGGGGUCGGAACCGGAGAGGAGCCAUCAGUGCAGAGGUGUACACAGAGGAAGACGCUGCCUCCUAUGUCAGAAAGGUCAUCCCAAAAGACUACAAGUCCAUGGCUGCCCUGGCCAAAGCCAUGGAGAAGAAUGUGCUGUUUGCCCACUUGGAUGACAAUGAGAGGAGCGACAUUUUUGAUGCAAUGUUUUCUGUCAACUACAUUGCUGGAGAAACGGUCAUCCAACAAGGUGAUGAGGGAGACAACUUCUAUGUUAUUGACCAGGGAGAGAUGGACGUUUAUGUGAACAAUGAAUGGGUGACCAGCAUUGGUGAGGGAGGCAGUUUUGGGGAGCUGGCUCUGAUCUAUGGGACCCCUCGUGCAGCAACUGUCCGGGCCAAGUCCAAUGUCAAGCUGUGGGGCAUCGACAGAGACAGCUACAGAAGAAUACUGAUGGGGAGCACUUUGAGAAAACGCAAGAUGUAUGAGGAGUUCCUCAGCAAGGUGUCCAUUUUAGAGUCUCUGGAUAAGUGGGAGCGUCUGACAGUGGCUGAUGCCUUGGAGACGGUGCAGUUUGAGGAUGGCCAGAAAAUUGUUGUGCAAGGAGAGCCUGGUGACGAGUUCUUCAUCAUCCUGGAGGGGACAGCAGCGGUGCUUCAGAGGCGGUCAGAGGAUGAGGAAUUUGUGGAGGUUGGCAGACUUGGACCCUCAGAUUACUUUGGUGAGAUUGCCUUGUUGAUGAACCGGCCCCGGGCUGCCACUGUUGUUGCAUGUGGACCCCUCAAGUGUGUCAAACUGGACCGGCCGAGGUUUGAGCGAGUCCUGGGUCCCUGCUCUGACAUCCUGAAGAGAAACAUUGAGCAGUACAACAGCUUUGUUUCCCUCUCUGUCUGAGCUCGGCACUCGGACCUUCCUUUUCUCUACUGCAGGGCUUUAUUUUCCUACUUCUUCUGUCUUUCACGUAUGUUACAGCACCCACAUGACCCACAUGACCCUUCACAAGAUCACUUUAAUACAUCAGCUUGUCAUCGUUUUUUAUUUCUUAUUUAUUUUAUUCUCUGUAUAUGUACUCAGGAGAUAGGAUUUGUUUUGUGUGAAUGGAAGAGUUUUGAUGUCAGACACAGUUCAGAGGGUUGCUUCACCACCUGAAGUUAUAAUCCCAAUACAAAUAGCUGAAAUAUAAUGUAGUGGAUGCCUGCCUGACUCUGCGAUCACACUGUGAUCACUGUAAGUUCAGAGGUUACAUUAUAUAGUACUGAGAGCUUCACAACAAGAUGUGUAAAGAUUGUGUCAAAUCUCUGUAGUUCUAGAGCAUGACAGGCUGAUAAAUGGAUCAUUAAAAAUGGAAUAUUUAUAUAAAAUUAUACAAAAGACAUUCAUACAGACAUGAUAUGAAGCAUUAUAUUGUCAAAAUGAAACUCGUGUAGAUGAAAUAGCUAGAGUCAAAAGAGGACAGGAUAUUCAUAGUUUAAAUGAAUUUGUUCCAUAGUGGAAAAAUGACCAACCCAAAAAUACUCAUUAUCAGACAGUGUGAAUGCACAAUGUCAGAGAGGCUGUGACGGAUGGUUUCAUGCUGACCGGGUAAGGCUUUGUGUUUUUGAAGCAGUACGCCAAGUUUUGUCUGUGUGUGCUGCUGCUCUUUUCUAUUUGUGGAGAUGUUUUAGCCAUGCUAGCAGCAGGAUUCUGGGGAUGGAAGUGUCGGUCAUCUGGACCACAGCUUUGGACUGUACUGAAAUAUCUUAGCCAUAAAAUAUGGUCGUCCAUUUCCCCAUCGGAAAGAUUUGUAAUCACUUUGGUGACCCUCAAACUUUCCUUCUGGUACCAUCAUCUGGUUCAAAUUUCAAUUUAUACUUCAUGCUAAUUAGUAAAUGUUAGCAUGCUAACACGCUAAACUAUGCUGGUAAAUGGUGGUAGCACACUGGAGUUAGCACUUAGCUCACAGCACCGCUGUGCCCAAGUAAAGCCUCACAGCUAGCAUGGCUUAGACUGUUUUUGGGGGGUUUGUUGUUUUUUUCAUUGGUUGUCCUGGUUUUCCUUGUAUACACAUCUUUCUUAAAGGGUUGCCUUGACAGUGAUGUACUUACUUUCCCUGUAUCUCAUCACACAGUGUGACAGAAGUAGCUGCACCAGCCAUAUAUGAUUUUACCAUGAAAAGAAAUUAUAUAAAAAAACAAAACAAAGAUAGUAAAUGCACAAUUUAUUUCCAAUUAAACUUUACAUUUUGGUAAUUUUAUGGUUUUCCUUACCCAUUGCUAAAUGUAAAUUGAGCUUUCAGUUUGAAGACCUCCAUUUGAACUUUUCUGUUUAAUGUUUCAGGUUCUUAAAUUUCACUGAAAGCUUGACUGAAUUUCACUUUUGUAUUUACUGCUUUUUAAAUAUUUAAUCGAUAAUAGAGUAAAUAAGAACAACUACAUUUUCUCUUUCUCUUCCUUCUGUUUAAAUAUAAUUAUAUUUCUGGGUGAAAUUACUAACUUUGAUUUAGUUGGCAGUGUAGGUAUCCCUUUAACUCAUCUUAUCUUCACAGCUCUGCUACAAAUCUAUAUAUUACCAUUAAAUGACUAUUUUUUGUAAUAUACAAAAUGAUAUAAUCAAAGAGAAAAUGUUUAUAUACUGUUAAGUUCACGGUUUCAUGUACUUCUGAUCCUGUCAUUUGAAGGGAGUGCAGAAAUGGUACCUGUUGAAAGAUCAGACUUUGUGCAGUAAAUAUGGAAGACAGACGGCAUCACAACCAAGCUGGUGCCAAAUAUGAUGCUGGACUUUCCAUAUAUUAGUCUUAAUAAGGAACUUAAAAAGACAGUGUUUUGGGGGUUUGCAUUAGUCCAUGGACAAACAGUUUGAUGCCCCCCACCCCUUUUACUUGAUUAGCAAUUGAGAGGGACUUCAAAAGUGCUUAUUUCUGCACACCCUAUUGAUGUAGUAACUGGUGAUAAUUAUAUUUUUUAAAUCCCGUACUGAUAAACACACUACUUGCAUGAAUCAAAUCAAACAAUGGCCUUUUCAUAAACAGCUAGUGUUGUAUUAAUGAUGCACUUCAGUCAUUUAGUAUAGCACUUCGAUAAAGCUGGAGGACUUAAAAAAAAAAAAGGAUUUAAAAAAGAAUUUUCAAAAUCUCAGCAGCAGAGCUGAUCACCUGACUCCCGAAUGUAUGUUAAGCUCCCAAAAUACUGGAUCCUACGUUUCCCACAAUGCAACUCCUUUUGUUUGAAUCCCCUGUGCCUUGUCAACACACAGCUUUUAAAAGUCCAUGUUCCCAAUUUGUAAGACAGAUGUCUCCCAGCCCAAGGUAACUGAAAACCCCUGGUGACAUCACUAUGACAUCAUCAAGGUUUCUUUUUCUCAGACUUGAGAAGCUUUUUCUUAAUCUCAUCAUGAACUCCACAUGAUGAGUAAACUGAUCUUAAUGUGUAAAAUGUGUUGGUAGUCUUUAAUGAAUUAUCUGUUUGUAAUCAAGCAAACGUGUCUGUUACAUCACAGGUAUGUGACAGCCAUUAAAUUAGCACUGGUCCAUUCCAGCAAUAGGCAGUAAGGCUGUCAAUACUGAGUAUUGGAGUUUUUGUACCAAUACCAAAACAAUGUUUUUUCUGAUACCUUUCAGAAAUAUAAACACAUUUUUUACAAAAUCCUUAUGGGUUGUCAAAUGUGACAUGAUGUCCAAACAGAAACUGCUGUACAAGAAUUUUAUGCUAAAUUUGAAUAGUCUAAAAUGUAUCUUCAAUCAAGUUGAUGAAGUGAUGUUCAAGCAAACUUUUGUCCACCCAUAAUCACUCACUGUUUAAUGGCUCUGAUCUGUAUGUUUUUCUAAGAUGUCUUAAUUCAGUAGUGUUACAUGAUUUGCCAUCUAAACAGUAUGGUGUCCUCUAGGCUUGUUAAUGUAAUUUUUUUUCAGCUGUGUCUUAUUUACAGUAUUUCUGACACACUAGAUGGUCAAAAUCUAAAUCAGCCAGAGCUGAGAAACUGAGUGUGAAUAUGUGGAGACGUCUCCACUCAGAAACCUGGCUUGUUGUUUAUUUUCCUAGUUACACUGCUCACUGUACGCCACUCAGUCAGACCAUCAGUGUUUGUAGAACUAAAAAAGCAGAAGCCUGCAGUGAGUCUCUACAGAGGACCAUUCUUUUCUGUAGUUUUUGUGCCUUUCCUCAGAUUGAUUGGAAUGAUUGUGCUUAAAGGUCCAGUGUGUAAGGUUUGGGGGGGGGAUCUAUUGACAGAAAUUGAAUAUAAUGAAAUGAAAAUUUGUUUUCAUUCCUAUAUAAUCAGCUGAAAUAUCUACAGAGGGAGCGGGUCCUCUUCCACAGAGUCCCUCAUGUUGCACUGCCGUGCUUCUUUUGCAGCGCAGAACAGACAAACCAAACACUGGCUCUAGAGAGGGCCUUUUGCAUUUUCUUUAGAGUUAGGGGCCACCCUAGGUUUUCUUACAUGCUUGGAACAGCAAGGUGAGGAGAAUGGGUUUCAGUUGGUUACCUCACCUACUCACCGCUAGAUGCCACUAAAUCCUGCACACUGGUCUUUUAAAUGUUGGUGCGUUUUAGAUUUCUGUGUAGGACGUCCUUGCAGCAGUGCAAGCAAUAAAGAGAACAGUCUUUUCAA